AUGUCGUCGACCCGAGGAAGAAAAGGCAAAGUGAUCGCAACAGAACAAGACAUUGCAGCUGAGAAAGCCAUUGGCAUGAUCAAUGUUCUCCAAGGCAUUGCCUGGAACUUUUCCCCUGGAACCGACGCCUUCACACGCAGCAUUAGGACUUCUCCGAAAACGAAUCCAUACACAAAGAAGGAGAUCAACGAGUUGAUCUUCGGUCACUGUGCUGCUGUAUCUUCUCAUGACGAUGAAGUGCAAACAUUCAAGAAUCGGAUUGGAUUCAUGCCAAGCGCGGCACAAUCAUUUGAGGCAAUCGAGGGACAACUCAAAUACGUCUUCUCGCAGUUGGACCAGGCCUUUUUCUUCGGGUUGCUACAGGGUGAUCAAGUCCGAAGCAAUGGACGACGCCUUGUUCACCUUCGAGUGCAGAGAAAACACGAAAGCGACCACCGACGAGGUGCCUUCAUUCCGCAGCAAAUGUGCAUACGGGUCUACGUGGCAGAUGACAGGCAGCUUGGAAAGUACGUUGCAACACUUGCCCAUGAGAUGGCGCAUGCAUUUUUGUUCAAACCAGAAGAUGCAUGUUUUUUGGAAGCUCUGGGUAGAGUGCAAGCCAAGGACAGUUACGCCAUCAUAGAGCAACAAACACAAGCCCAAGGCAGGGACUAUGUUUUUGGAAGUUCGGUGCUUGUUGCCAAUCGUUUGACACAUGGUGCUGCUAAUAGUCAGACUUUUGUCCCGGCGUAUCCCACGACAAGCUCACUGCCUGCCACCAGUAGUACUAUGUAUGCUCCGGAUCAUUCGCUUUAUACGUCGACUUGUGGUCCCGAAAGCUCUAUACCUGUUGUUGUGAGCAGUUCGACAUACAGUCAUCAGGGUGCUGUUAGCGCCCCGGCGUUUGCUUCACCAUCUAAUGCCCCGGACAAUGUCUCUUAUGGUCCGGCUUAUGGCCCAGACUAUGAACUCGAUGGUGCAGCAGAGAAUGGAGAAGCUUCAAUGUACAAUCCCAGCGAUUUGUCUGCUGAGCAGGGUUAUGGCAUUCCGGCACAUGCUUCCCAAGCACUGAUACAUGAAGCCGACAGUUCAAUGUACAGUGCCGAGAAUCCAACUCUUGGCCACCCAGAUUAUACCCAAGAAACUACGGAGCAUGUCGCAGAAGGUUCGAUUCAUACUCACUAUGGAUCAACUCAACACAACGCGAUUUCAGGAGGAAUUAUCACGGAAAGAGCCAGCAUCGCAGUGACAAACAUGAUGGGUCCUGCCGUCAAUCGUAAUAACUCGACUUAA